AAGUACUGGAGUUCUACCGUGCAGAACAGAGUUUAUACUGCUGAGGAAGUAGGCGGACCAUUAUGCAAAUACAACCAUUAUGGAGAUUCUAUAAAAAAGGAUCAGCACACCAAGACCCAUUUCAUUUGUGUGUAGACCUUCAUCUGACACUGAGAGAAAAUGGGAGGUUCGCCAUCUACUCCAUCUACCCCGUCUACCCCGUGUACCCCGUCUAUCCCUAAAGGUGAACCCCUGAGAAUUGUGCUGAUUGGAAAGACUGGAGUGGGGAAGAGUGCUGUGGGGAACACCAUUCUGGGGAGACAAGUGUUUAUCUCACGGCCUUCUGCCAACUCUGUCACAGUGACUUGUGCCAGAGCGGGUAUAGUUAGUCCUAGACAGAUUGAGGUGAUUGAUACACCUGGUAUUUUACAUACUGAAAGAGAUGCAGAUUAUAUUAAAAAAGAGAUAGUGAAGUGCAUUAAAUACUCAUGUCCAGGGCCCCACGCAUUCCUGCUGGUAAUUCAGGUGGGCCGCUUCACUAAGGAGGAGCAGAAUGCAGUCAGGGCCUUAAAGGAGAUCUGUGGGGAAAAGGCUGCAGACUACAUGAUUGUCCUGUUCACUCGUGGUGAUGACCUUUGGGGUCAGACUAUCAAUGACUAUGUGCGCGAAGGUCACGCCAACCCGAGGGAAGUGAUACGGAGCUGUGGUGGACGAUACCUUGUAUUUAACAACCACAGCACUGAACGCACUCAGGUUGAUCGUUUGGUAGAAAAAAUAGAUGAGAUGGUGGCAGUAAAUGGGGGAGAUUACUUCACUGAGGGGAUGUACAGAGAGACACAGAGGGUCAUGACAGAAAGAGAACUAACCUGGAUCUCACCUGCGAUAAACAGGUUGGGUGGCUAUUGA